GCAAAUAUGGCGGAUGUUGUAGAGCCGGAGAAGAAAAGAAGGCGGAUAGAAGAGCUGUCUGACAAGUUAGUGCUGGCACAGGGGAGGUGUUAGGACAUGGACAGAAUGGCUGUGGAUGUUGGGUGUGGGGACACUGGAGACUGGGAAGGUCGCUGGAACCAUGUUAAGAAGUUCCUCGAGCGAUCAGGACCUUUCACACACCCCGAGUUCGAACCAAGCAACGAAUCUCUGCAGUUUCUCUUAGAAACCUGUAAACUACUGGUUGUUGGAGCUGGGGGAUUGGGGUGUGAACUCCUCAAAAAUCUGGCCCUGUCAGGGUUUCGGCAGAUCCAUGUCAUCGAUAUGGACACCAUAGACGUCUCUAAUUUGAAUAGACAGUUCUUGUUCCGACCUAAGGAUGUUGGAAGACCCAAAGCCGAGGUUGCGGCUGAAUUUAUAAACAGCAGAAUACCUGACUGUUGUGUCACACCACAUUAUAAAAAGAUUCAAGAUUACGAUGAAUACUUCUACAGAGAGUUCCAUAUUAUAGUGUGCGGCCUGGACUCCAUUAUUGCCAGGCGCUGGUUAAAUGGGAUGCUGAUGUCUCUUCUGAACAGUGAUGAUGGAGUACUGCAGCAGAGUUCGGUAAUUCCUCUAAUAGACGGUGGUACAGAAGGUUUUAAAGGAAACGCCCGGGUUAUCUUACCAGGAAUGAGCGCCUGUGUGGAGUGUACUCUAGAACUGUACCCACCGCAGAUUAAUUUCCCCAUGUGUACCAUUGCGUCUAUGCCCAGAUUACCAGAGCACUGUAUAGAGUAUGUCCGGCUAUUGCAGUGGCCAAAGGAACAGCCAUUUGGAGAAGGAAUAGCACUGGAUGGAGAUGACCCUGAACAUAUACAGUGGAUUUUUAAAAAUUCUUUGGCACGGGCGGCACAGUAUAAUAUCAGAGGCGUAACGUACAGACUUACUCAAGGUGUUGUGAAGAGAAUCAUCCCUGCUGUAGCAUCUACAAAUGCAGUAAUUGCAGCCGCCUGUGCCACUGAAGUGUUCAAAAUAGCCACCAGCGCUUAUACUCCGCUGAAUAAUUACCUAGUGUUUAACGAUGUGGAUGGACUGUACACGUACACCUUUGAAGCAGAAAGGAAGGAAAACUGUCCAGCCUGCAGCCAGCUCCCCCAAAAAAUCCAGUUUCCUCCAUCUGCUAAACUCCAAGAAGUUUUAGAUUACUUAGUAAAUGACACAUCGUUACAGAUGAAGUCUCCUGCCAUCACUGCAACUCUGGAUGGGAAGAAUAAGACCCUGUAUCUGCAGACGGUAGCAUCUAUAGAAGAACGAACAAGGCCUAACCUGUGCAAGACAUUAAAAGAGCUCGGACUCGUCGAUGGACAAGAGCUUGCAGUUGCUGACAUCACCACACCACAGACGGUGCUGUUCAAGCUUCAUUUCACAACUUAAACAGGCCUAGGAUGUGAUCCACGCGGCCACUUCUAUGAGAAGACAGGACUGUGUGCAGUAAAUUAUGGAGUCAAAGGGUUGGCAACUUAUCCAUUACUAGCUGCACAUGUACAUCUACAUGCAGCUAGUAAUAAAUCAUCGACUCUAAUGUCUGAUGGUUUAAAAUGCAUAAGUUAUACUUGCAGGUUCGCUUACCUGAUUCUGGGCGCUGCACUUCCAAAAUGGCCUAUGACGGAGGGUCCCAUCCAUCAGCGCCCUCCAUUCACUUCCACUAGGGAUGUAUAGUCCAUCACCAAUGGAAGUGAAUGGAUGCCAUGCAGUUGAUGGAUGGGACCCUCCAUCAUAGGCCAUUUUGGAAGUGCAGCAUCGGGAAGCAAGUAAGUAUAAAUUAGGCAUAUUAACGCCCUGGACAGCGGCGCUGAUGGUUCAAUAAUGCCUAUUACUAGCUGUAUAUAUUUGCUGUUCCCAUCACGUGCAGCUAGUAAUAGACAGUGGCCAACCCCUUUAAUAUGCAGUGAGAUGGAGGUCCGACUGACGGAGAACAGUGGCUGAGCAUCAUGAAAGCGAAUGAGCACGUAUUAUCGUUAUGAUGUAACAUUAAGCAAUUAUUUAUAAAGUGGAACUGAUUUUAAAGA